AUGGAAUCCGAGUAUCCGCAAUUGAACGUCGAUGCGCAAUUUAAGCCCAUUGACUCCAUCUACGAGAACCGGCUGCGCCAGUUCAUCGAUGAGGGCGGCCAGUACUCUAGUCUUAUGCUCCCAAAGUUCUACACCAAGGCCCGUCUUGACAACGGCUACAAAGAAGGGGUCGAGGGCUACAUUGAGCUGAAGACGUGGGCGGCCCCGGGUCUCUCGAAGCCGCUGUUCAAGGACGUUAUCCCGGCGAAACUGGAUGAAUUCAAACCGUGCCGGAAGGGCGACCGUUUUGGCCCGGCCUGGUCGUCCCAUUGGUUCGAGGUCAAAAUUAAAGUCCCCGCUGCGUGGUCCGACGAGGAGCUGGUUAUUCUCAAAUGGGAUUCUGGCGGCGAGGCGCUUGUGUUUGACGCCCACGGCCUGCCUCUGCAAGGCCUUACCGGUGGCGGGGAGCGCGUGGAGUUCGAGCUUCCGGCAGCGUGGCGGAGCACAGAAACCACGUUCUACAUCGAAAUUGGCUGCAAUGGCAUGUUUGGCAGCACACAGGACAGCUACGAGCUGCGCGAUGCCGACCUGGUUGUGCCAAACCUGGCUGCGCGCGCCCUGUACUACGACUUCUGGAUGAUUGGCGACGCCGCGCGGGAGCUACAGGGUGCUCCGAAACAUAAGGCGCGCGAGGUGUGCAACCGUAUCAUGAACAUUUUUGACAGCGACGACCCGGAAAGCAUUUUGCGGUGUCGCGAGGUGGCCAAGGAGUAUCUGGGCCCGGAUGUGGACUCGGAGAAAGUGUACGAGGGGAAGAUGAGCAAGUAUAACGCUGUGUAUGCCAUUGGCAACUGCCACAUCGACACCGCGUGGCUGUGGGACUUUGCCACGUCCAAGACGAAAAUUGCACGCAGCUGGUCCACACAGCUGCGUCUGAUUGACAAAUAUCCAGAGUACGUGUUUGCUGCGUCUGCUGCGCAGCACUUUAAGUGGCUGAAGAAAUACUAUCCCAACUUGUUUGCCAGGGUGAAGGAGUACGUGGCGCAGGGCCGCUUCAUCCCACUCGGUGGCAGCUGGGUCGAAAAUGACACCAACCUGCCGAGCGGCGAGGGUCUGGCCAGACAAUUUCUGCUGGGCCAGCGCUGGUUCGAAGACCUGUUUGGCGUCAAGAGCAACAUCUACUGGCUGCCGGACUCGUUUGGAUACUCGAGCCAGAUCCCGCAACUGUGCCGGCUGGCCGAAAUGCCGAACUUCUUGACGCAGAAGCUUUCGUGGAACAAUAUCAACCAGUUCCCGGAAAACACGUUCAACUGGGUCGGCAUCGACGCGUCGCAGGUGCUGGUGCACAUGCCACCCGCUAACACCUACACGGCAGACGCGAACUUUGGCGACGUGAAACGGUCGAUCUCGGGCCACAAAAACCUGUACAACGACCAGAAAGGUCUGCUGCUGUACGGAAAGGGCGACGGUGGAGGCGGGCCGAACGCGUCGAUGCUCGAGAGACUGCGGCGAAUUAGAGGUCUUUCCGAGACUGCUGCCGGCGAGAUGCCAACGGUCCAGGUCGGUGUCACCGUGUCGGACUUUUUCGACAAGCUGCGAAGCGACACCGACAACGGCGAAAAAUUGCCCGCCUGGCGCGGCGAGCUGUAUUUGGAGUUUCAUCGAGGUACGUACACGUCGCAGGCCCGCGUCAAGCACUUGAUGCGCACCGUCGAGCUGCUGAUGCGCGACCUCGAGUACCUGGCUACCAAGGCCUCGUUGGAGCUAGAUUACAGAUAUCCGCACCGCAAAAUCGACCGUCUGUGGCAGGACAUCCUGCUGUGCCAGUUCCACGACGUGCUACCAGGCUCCUGCAUCGAGAAAGUGUACCGCGACGACGUCUGGCCAAUGCUGGAGCGCGUGCAGCGUAUAGAGCUCGAGAUGCUCGCCGAGAUCAAAAAACUGUUCAAGCCAGGCAAGUAUAUUCUCAACACGUUUGGCUGGGACCGUGCUGCCGUCGUGAGAACGGGCAGCAGCUGGAUGCAAAAAGGAUACACCGCGGUGUCAUCAAAAAAUGGCGUUCUCGUGCCAGUCGAGUCGUCGCAGGCUGUCAAGUAUCGGUCCAAGAUUAUGCAUCGCGACGGCGUCUACGUGAUGGAGAAUGGUCGGCUACGUGCCACCAUCAGCGCCGACGGCGUGGUGACGAGUCUGUACGACCUGGUGCACCGCCGCGAGGUGCUCGAUGGCUCCAAGAUUGGCGGCGUGCGCUACGUGCUGUACUCCGACACGCCCCUGAGCUUCCCUGCAUGGGAUACAGAGCUGUUUUCCUGGGACAAGCACCAUUUCAUCAAGGCCACAAAGGUGGAAGUGCUCGAGACGGGCCCGCUGGUGUCGUCGCUCAAGGUGGAGCAUGAAAUCUCGGCAGACAGCCGGAUCACGACGGUGAUCUCGCUGGAAGCUCUCCAGUCAUUGGCCGACAGGACGAUGCUCAGGUUCGAGUGCCAUGCAGAAUGGCACGAAACAUAUAAAUUCCUCAAGGUGCAAGUCCCUGUUUCCGUGUACAAUGACUUUGCCAGCUACGAGACGCAGUUUGGCAUCACGAAGCGUCCAACUCACUUCAACACGACAUGGGACAUCGCCAAGUUCGAGUGCUGCUGCCACAAGUUUGUGGACUACUCGGACUACAACUACGGCGUGUCGAUCCUCAACAACAACAAGUACGGUGCCAAUGUCCAUGGCAACACCAUGACGUUGUCUCUGCUACGUGCACCAAAGUAUCCGGACGGCAACGCGGACAUGGGCUCGCACUCGUUCAACUAUGCGAUCCUGCCACACAGCGGUGCCCUGGGUGCGGAAACCAUUCGUGCGGGCUGGGAGUUUAACGAGCGUACGAGCCACGUUGGAGACUUUGGCAAGAGCAUUGUUUCGGUUACGGGAGAUGAAAAUCUGAUCCUGUCUAACGUCAAGCGUGGCGAGGACGAUUCCGGUAUGGACUCUGGCCAUAUUUACAGAAAUAUUCCGAAAAAGUACGUCGGCCAGAAAACUAUCGUUCUACGUUUGUACGAGGCUCUUGGUGGCAGGGCUAGAGCUACGAUCAAGGUGAACUAUCCGGUCGACAAGGUGUUCAAGACCAAUCUCCUGGAGGAGGAGAAGGAGGAGAUUGCUGUCAAGGAUGACGCGUUUGAGGUGGUUUCCAGGAGUUUUGAGGUGUCCACCUACAAGGUGGUUUUGAAAAAAUAG